CGAAACUGAUCACAUUUCAUGCGAGCCGACAUCAACCCACUGGGUCUUUUUUUGCGGGAUCCGUAAGAAGAAGCUGAGGUUUUUUUGCGUUGUUGGGCCAGAAAGCUCAGUUAGUGAGUGUCCCUGCUUCCUCCUCUCUCCGACGUAAGAAGCAAUGGAUGUUACGGUGUCCAGGAACCUGUCGGUGACGGUGACGGACCACAGCGCGGACAAGCUGCGGGAGAGGCAGCAGAAGCUCAGGGACCGGCUCCAGAAAGUGGAAUCCAAAGUCCUUGGGGUCUCCCAGGUGAUGCUGGGCGUCAUGGUCAUCAGCUACUCCCUCCCUCUGCACCUCACUGAAUACACAGAGGUCAUGACCUUCGGUGUGCCUUGGUGGAGCGCCAUUGUGUUCAUUGUGGCUGGAGCAGUUGCCAUAGAAACCGGAAAGCUGGCCAGUAUGAACUCGCUCCGAGUCUGCUUGCUAGUGACCCUGGUGGCCGUACUGACAUCCACCCUUGCCCUCAUUUUCUACUCCAUCGACCUCCAUAACAACCAAGACACAGACUGUGCCAUCAACAGCUCAGCAGCCCCGUGUGGGCCGCAGCAUUAUGCCAAAGCCUUCAGCAGAGGCGUGAAGUCCUGCCUUCUUGUUUUCACCAUCAUUCAGGCUGUUAUUUCAUCCACUCUUUCAUUCUUUCUGUACAAGGAGAGACACACUUCCACUGAGUAUGCGUCUCUCAUGGAGAAUACUCCGUCCACCCUUAUCCACAGCGCACCUUCCGACUUCAACUGAGGAAAGCCGUAUGCGUGGACUGUAUCCAUCAAAAUAUCCAAACAUCUUCAAAUUCAGUAUAGUUAAUGUAAUAAAACUUUACAAUGUUUUCAUUUAUACUUAUUUUUUGUAAAAACAUACGUAUUUUUAACGUAAUACAAGUCGUAAAGAUUACACCAUAUCUGUUCCGUCUCUUUCCAUGACACUCUUGUUUGAUUUUGUCAAAGCACAGAUAAGUAGUGUUCAGUUCUUUUGUCUAUCCCCCCAUUUUGCCCCGUCUGUGUGACAGCCGCUCCUCUGCAGAGUUACUGUAAUGGUACAUUCCGGCCUCUGCAGCUGCCUUUGAACCCUCGCCCCUCCCCCGAUUCCUCCACUGAGUUUUGCCUGUUUCCUGUUUCCUUACAAUCAUCUCAUUCACAGGCAGAGAUGAUGAAUUUUUCGCAUGGAUUCCAGAAUUCCGCAGCUGACUCUCUUUCAGCUUCACCUCAUCCUUUAUCAUUUCCUGCCCCACAACACAUUCAUAGUCCAACUCCUUUGUCCCUCAGUCUUUUAAAACUGCUUGUAUGGGUGUGUGUGUGUGGGGGGUUGCACCCUUUGCCAGGCAGCAUAAUUCUGGCAUAAAAAUUCAUUUAGCAGUUUUAUGGCCUGUAUACAGAACAGAACAUGUUAUCUCUCUGUUGCAGUCUAAACCAACAUUAUGGUCACAGUUCUGGAGUUUUGCUGGCUGAAGAAAGUGGGAAGGAAUCAGAGAGGUAUACAUGCCAUAUAGCUAUGCUGUGUGUUCAACAAAAUAGAAUUAAAUAGAAUAUACAAUAUAUACACUAUAUAUAUGAUGUUCAGUGGUAAUGGAAUUACUAUCACAUACCGUUAGAAACACAGAAAAAAACACAUGUGACAUGCAUAGAGUUUGUCAGAAAGUGCUGACUAAGCUUAGGUGGGAGCAGACCAGCCUCCAAUACAGGUGCACUAGCGUCCGCCUGCAUUUAUAGUUGUGCGUUAUACCGAAAGCGGAUUACAGGAAGAGCAUUUAAGAAAAGCCAUCUGAAAAACAAAUACCUCUAAAAAGGUAUUUACAAAAAUGUUGGUUAAAUAAUUAAGAAGUAUAAUGACAGUUGAGAAUAAUGAUAACUAUGUGUACCUAUGUAAUUUUUAUUUACCAAUCCCGAUGGGUUUUGCUGAGAGAGAGCUAUUCUAGACAGCUAAGUUGUUUUUGAUUGGCUGUGAGCUCGACAUAUCAGAAGUACUGUUUCAGUCCCAAUGACAUCAUUAGUGCCUCUCACAUUAAAAGGGCACUCGAUGAAUAAGGAAAUGCUUAUUCUUUUCUUGUGUUUGACUCCCUGCUCUGCUCUGGCUAAUGUUCACCCAGUUAAACCAAUUAAAGAAAUAACAAAAUAAAGAGCAGGAAUAACUGCAUACUUAUGUAUGAGGUUAAUAAAUAACCUUACAUGGAA